GAUCGACAGAUGCCAUAUUUGAAAUAAAGUGAAACUUCAAAUCCAUUUUCAACAAAAGUGAAGGAGUUUCUUUUUAUUAAACUGGAAAUACUCAAUUGAAAUACUGUAUUGUCAAUAUAAAUAAUGACACUGUGAAUUGCUUUCUAAGAAGAAAUAGGUCACGUAAAAUAAUCGAUAUUUUUUGUACUUAUUCCUAAACCUAAAUAAUGGAAGCCCUUAUUCCAGUUAUUAAUAAACUGCAAGAUGUAUUUAAUACUGUUGGCACAGACGCUAUUCAUUUACCUCAAAUCAUAGUUUUAGGAUCACAGAGUUCCGGAAAAAGUUCGGUUAUUGAAAGUUUGGUAGGAAAGUCCUUUCUUCCCCGAGGCACUGGUAUCGUUACCAGAAGACCUUUGGUGCUUCAGUUAGUCUAUUGUCCCAAAGAAGAUAGAGAACAUAGAAGUGCUAUUGAUGGAACCGUGGAACUGGAUGACUGGGGAGUAUUCCUUCAUGCCAAAGACAAGAUUUUUAGAGAUUUUGAUAAAAUUAGACUUGAAAUUGAGGAUGAAACCAGUCGUAUGGCUGGCAAUAACAAAGGAAUCUGCCCAGAACCAAUUAAUCUAAAAAUAUACUCAACAAAAGUUGUGAAUUUGACAUUAGUGGAUCUACCAGGAAUUACAAAGGUGCCUGUAGGGGAUCAACCGCCAGAUAUAGAGCAACAAAUAAGGGAGUUGGUGUUGAAAUAUAUUGCAAAUCCUAAUUCUAUUAUUUUAGCUGUAGUUACCGCAAAUACUGAUAUGGCCACAUCUGAAAGUUUAGCUAUAGCCAAAGAUGUAGAUAUUGAUGGCAGAAGGACACUGGCUGUUGUAACAAAAUUAGAUCUUAUGGAUGCAGGAACUGAUGCUAUAGACAUCCUAUGUGGUAGGGUUAUACCAGUAAAAUUAGGAAUUAUUGGAGUGGUCAAUAGAUCUCAACAGGAUAUUAUGAACAACAAAUCCAUUAAGGAUUCUUUAAAAGAUGAAGCUACCUAUUUGCAGAGUAAAUAUCCCACUUUGGCUGGUAGGAAUGGGACGCCAUAUUUAGCUAAGACAUUAAACAGAUUGUUGAUGCAUCAUAUACGAGACUGUUUACCGGAUUUAAAGACAAGAGUCAAUCUUAUGAUGUCUCAAUAUCAAUCUUUGUUAAGUUCCUAUGGAGAGGAUAUAUCCGACAAAAGCAAAACCUUGCUACAAAUUAUCACAAAAUUCGCAUCUGCGUAUUGUUCGACCAUAGAAGGAACUGCUAGAAAUAUAGAGACGACUGAACUAUGUGGUGGUGCCAGAAUAUGUUACAUAUUUCAUGAAACUUUUGGAAGAACUUUAGACUCAAUACAUCCAUUGGCAGGACUUACGAAAAUGGAUAUCUUGACGGCAAUAAGGAAUGCUAAUGGACCACGUCCAGCAUUGUUUGUACCCGAAGUUUCAUUCGAGUUGUUAGUUAAACGACAGAUAAGACGAUUAGAGGAGCCAUCGCUGCGUUGUGUGGAACUGAUUCAUGAGGAAAUGCAACGGAUUAUACAGCACUGCGGUAACGAAGUUCAACAGGAAAUGCUCCGAUUUCCGAAACUCUACGAAGAAAUAGUCGACGUCGUCACGCAGCUUCUAAGGCGUCGCCUGCCCACAACUAACUCAAUGGUAGAGAAUCUUGUCGCGAUAGAACUGGCUUAUAUUAAUACGAAACAUCCAGAUUUUUACAAAGACAUCCAGGUAGUUCCCACAGUGAUUAAGUCGGCGGGAGAGAGCGGAAAUAGACCAUCCCGUCCUAAAAGCAUGUUCGGGAAGCAUCAAGCAGAAUCCCUGGAGAUGAGACCGGUAGCUGAACCGGAAGAAAGAGGAGAUUUCAUUAACGAUUUGUUGAGAAUUUUGCCUCUUACUAGCUAUAACGAAUUUAUGUCUGUAAUCAAGGCUAGAUCCUCAAGCAACCCUCACCUGAACAACGACGACGACAAACCUUGGGCCGUCAAUGCGAAUGCGAACGGCAAAGAAAACGACUACAAUCACGUGAACAACAUACCCAUUCAGCACACGGUUGAAAGUGAAUUAAAAAAUAUAUUGAGUCCCGAGAAACCUGUUAAUUUAUUGCCGCAGGUGCCGGUAAAUAGCAGUAGCUUUAGAAAAUUAUCCGAACACGAAGAGCACGAUUGUGAAAUUAUCGAACGACUGAUAAAAUCCUACUUCUACAUAGUCAGGAAAUCAAUUCAGGAUACAGUUCCAAAAGCAGUUAUGCAUUUUCUAGUAAAUUACGUUAAAGAUAACUUGCAGUCUGAGUUAGUUACGCACCUAUAUAAGGCCGACAAUGCGGAACCGCUAUUGGACGAGUCUGAACAUAUUGCCCAAAGGAGACAGGAAGCGUCAGAUAUGUUGAAGGCGCUCCAAAGAGCCUCACACAUAAUAAGUGAAAUUCGUGAGACGCACAUGUGGUAAUAGAAGCAAGAAAAUCGUAGUGGUAAGGAAACAUAAUAGUGAAGUGUCAUGUGACUAGUCGUGAUUUUCAUACAUCAAAAGAAUCUAAAUACACGUUAUCAUUGUUGUGCAAGUGCCCAAAUCAUGUUAAGAUUGUCUGCUGUCAAAACCUAAGGUGACAUAAUUGGAUAUUAUUUGAGAGAUAUUAAAUAUUUCAAAUCUUAAA